GUGUAAACCACCAUAAUCAACAAUGGACAUACGAAAAUUAAGUCAAUAAAAUGGUUUUAAAUCAAACAUUAACACAGCAAAACAAACUACCAAUUCUUGCAAACAUCUCCAUCAUUUAAGUAGAUUAAAUAUGGACAGCGGAAGUACUGGUCGGCAGUCGCGUCUGCUAGGAAGGUUACUCGGUAAACUACGUGGAGAACAUCGAUACUCGACUCUCGAUAAAAACUUCUCAUUUACAUCUACUGGCAUGAGUGAGAGUAUAGGCUGUGGUAGCAACGAAGACAAUGAUAUUUCACAACAAGCUGACGUAUCCAGCGGCACCAUUGACGAUGCACAAUUUGCUGCGAACAUUGACCUUAGAUACGGUGGCCAGUAUUUGACUCCAGAACAGCUGCCAGAAUUCUGUAACCAGCUUCAUCACCUGGUUGAAGUAAUCAGAAAUAUACAAUCUUACGCCAAAGUCACCGACGAGUAUCCGAGCGAGCUAGAGCGUCGUUUAGAGUGUGAAGCUCGCGAAGUGGUCGCACUCGCUCGUGAAGUGCGCAACGCCCGGGACGCGGCGUCGCGGACGCGCUUGCAGCGCCGAGCGUUGCGUUCUCAGCGCGCGCAGAUAAUUGCUCACCUCGCUAAGCUGAGGGAGGCUGGUAAAGGCAAGGUUCGUGAACUCGAGAACUCGAUAAGGUUGUCGGAUCGCAAACUCUACAAAAGUUGGGAGUCUUUACGUGACAGUAAUGAUUCAGCUGCGUUCGAGCCCUUGUUGGAGGAGGUUAGGAAUAAGCAAGCCGCCUUGGACUGCCUCAUUCGUUUGAUAGAAAAUCGACGAAAGAACAUCCCGGCUGCCCGCGCGCCGCGCGCCCUCCCUCCUCCGCCCGGGGAUGAUGAAGAUGUUGUCCAUAUAGGUGGUAUUAGAAAACGGCAAGACAAUCGUCGCACCAACAAGAGGAGAAGGAAGGAAUCAUCACGGGAGCCUAGGUCUAUUCCGCUAUCCGGAGAGCCUAGCCAUCAUAGUCCUCAACAGGUGACGUUGUAUAUCCAAGGGCCAGGGGUGUCAGAGAGCACGUCUCGGUUCCGUGCGGGCAGCGCGGGCGCGGUCACUCUGGGCUCGCUCGAACUGCCCACACCAGCUAGUGUCCGGGAUAUACUCUUCUUUACCGCCGACUGAUUUUAAUAUAAUGUGAAUUGCCAAGGAAAUUAUUAGUUAACUUAGAGCUGGGUAGCAGAUUCUCAACGAAUGGCAGUAGAAUGUAAAGAAUUUCUAGGUACUUGUGAAAAAGGCCAAUCGGAAACUUAGACCUUAUAAACAGUAUGCGACGACAAGUGAUUACAAUUAAAAAUCGAUAACCACAAAAAUAGGAGUCAUGUGGGAGUGAUCAAAACAUAUAUUUUACUAAAGAAAUGGGUUAUCCGUUUAGUUGUCGUUUUUUCAUACGCACGACAUAAUGAUUAUUUUUAUUAAAUAAAAGUUUUUACUGAUA